AUGUCUACGGAAAAAGAGAAGAUGCUCCGAGGCGAGCUCUAUCAUGCAUUUAUACCUGAUCUAAUUGCGGCUCGUUUUCGUUGCAAGCAAGCCUGCAACCGGUUCAACAGUAUCGUCCAAGACACGACUCCUCUGCCUCCUCCGCAUGAGGAUUCCGCUGAAGAUGAAGCCCUUCUCGAGGAUGAACCUUGGAUUGAAGGACCCAUCAAAAUCGACUACGGAUUUAACGUGAAACUAGGUGCGAACAUCUAUAUCAACGCCAUUGCAUUAUCGCCGAUACCUGCUUGCUUGUUCAGUGCAACUCACCCGUUGGACCCGGCUGUGCGCAAUGGAACUAAGGGUCCUGAAGCAGGUAAAGAGAUCCACAUCAGCGAGGAUUGCUGGUUAAGAGGGAAUGGGGUUGUCUUGUCCGGUGUUAAUAUUGGGAAGGGCGCAACGAUUGGUGCUGGGAGUGUGGUGACCAAGGGUGUACCUGCAUUUCACGUAGCUGUUGGGAAUCCAGCGAGGGUUAUUCGCAAGAUUGAGACGUCCAUGACGGAGUAG